AUGUUGCCCACCCUACGGUCGAGUACGUCGGACGCUCUGGCCAUACCUGCUGCUGCUGCUGCUGCUGCUGCUGCUACCAAUACAUGGUCUCCAAUUCUAUACACCUCAGCAACACCGACUCUCCUGCAAACCAAAAACCCUGACCGCCCAAAUUCUCUUGUUCUUGCCAGUCUUCCUCUUCGGGGUGGUCAAGCGAGCAUCUACCAUUCGCCUGCAAUUUAUUCCUACUUUAUACAUCGGGCUUCGGGACCAUUCCACCUCAUUAACGUCUCGCCCUUGCACAUUGGCAUCCAUCUCGACCAACCCAAUCUCACCGCUUCCGAGGGUCGAGGCAAGAAUCAUCCAAGCCUAAAACGAGCAGCAAUCAAACUUCGCUUGGGUCUGCGCCUAAUUGCCGCUACCAUGUGCCAACUCUUCGAGAAGAUCACCAUCAAAGACGACGGUCGUCGGAUUGUCGCACAAGAUACCGUUCGCUGCUCAAGAGCCAGCAGAGGAAAAUUGUGCUCCAAUGUCACUAAAAAGACGACCGAGUACUACCCUCAAACGUCUUCCAUCGGCUCCCGCCGUGAGGCCUCAUCGGCCUCGCCUGUAUCCAACGGUCCAUUCACACCACCAACCGCUGGUGGGCCGACUGGCUACAAUACCGAGAUCCAUCGACCGUCUUCCACUCGAAGCAGUAGACGCCCUUCAGCCAUAAAGCCCGAGAUAGUCAUCGAAAUUGGCGGGAAAAAUGGCGGCACUAAAAUCUAUCCCAAAGGAUCAAAGUCGUACAAACGAUCCUCUUUGGGCGCAGCUUCCACCCAUUCCAAUGAAGCAGUCUUGGACUCUCCCGGCUCAGACAGGAUUCCGACUGGCUAUCCAGAAGCUUCAUUUGCCCCUCCCAAUUAUUCCGGGCCAGCGGAGAACUACAACUACAGGCAUGCUGUACCUCAAGGUCACCGCCAUACAUCCUCAAGCUCAUCGCAUACAGCCGCCAGUCAGGUGCCUUCGCUGACUUCCGAGCCUGACUCGCCUUCUGGACGUAGAAACGCCCGCUACCCUCCCGCACUAGUGCACAAUCCCAUUCCCGCCGCUCCGCCCUCCCCAGCGUCAUCACGUGCUCAUCAUGCUUCCAACAGUGCAUCAUCAUCGUCAGCCACCCACUACCGUACCGAGACUGUCGUCCCUCAAUUCCCUAUAGACUACGACGAGUUCAUUCCUCGACCUCCUGUAUCUUCCAAUGCUGGCUCUGGCCAUGAUGGGGCGCCCGAGAUCACCGCCCGUGCUCUCUAUCGUGAAGAGCGCCGACGAGCCGAGAAGCAAAGGCAGGAAGAAUCAGAUCGCCGCCUAGCAGAGCAGCUCGACAGGGACAAUGAGAAGGAAGAGAAACAGGUCCGAUUCGUAGACGAUCGAGACAAGAGCAGAAGCGAGCAACGCAACGAAGCUGCUUGGGCAGAACAGGAGAAGUACAGAGCACAGUCUAGGGAGGAAGCCAGACAGCAAAAAGAAGAAAAGCGACGGAAGGAGGAGAAGCGAUCGAGGAAAGAGAGCGAAAAGCGUGCUACGAAGAAGCCAGAGCGAGCAAAGGCACAGCCACCGCUCAGCUACGACAAGCACUCCGGACGAACUCGCCGGAGAAGUUCUGUCUCCAUGACCCCAGAGGAAAAGGAAGUGCUCGAUCGACUGAGGCGUAUGGACAUCGCGCAGCAAGAACGGGAGCGAGAAGCAGCCGACCGACGCGAGUUGGGUGAGCAACAGAUGACUGUUCAAUACCCACCAGCUCCUGCCUCGUCCCUGCUAGAACAGCAGGAGAACGUCGGAUACUAUAACCCGCGAGCAAGCGGUACCAGCUUGGGACGCCGAGGCUCCAUCUCACGAAGGGGGAGUGUCUCCAACAAUCCGGUCUCCAUAACGCAACCCGCUCCUCCUCAGCAAAACUACAGCACUCGGCCACCUAAUACGCAUUACCCCUCCGAGUCCUACAUCACAAGCAACAACUCAAGCCGCCCUGUCUCCGCCCGUCACAGUUCUUACCACCACCAAAAUCCCUUUGCGCAGCCCCCAACAAGGACAUCCGGCACAUCGCAAGACUCAAACCCCUUCGCCGCGCCGUCCACGCGUCCCGUCCACCCAUCAUCAAACGAUCAUGUAUUCUCACUAACACAAUCAGUUGUGUCACCGUCUUCUGACCCAUGGGACGAGCGCCAGGCCCGAUCAAACCUGCCGUCUUCUACUUCAGGAGGGUAUCCCAGGCACAAUGCGUUGCAAAGGAUGGGCGAGCAGGUCAUCAAUCGGUCUGGAGAUAGGGAUGCGCAUCGUAGGGUGCAGGCAGCUACCCACAACAUGGGUAGGGCCAUAAACCACGAGUCUGCCUACGAGAGCAGCACUAGUAGCGAGGAAGAGGACGAGGAGGACGAGGAGGUGGAGCAUGCUAGGGCCGCAAGGUACGGGCACAAACUAGGCAUGGGCCAGGGUAAGAGAAGGUCUUAAGCGCUUAUGAUCGCUUUGAAGUUCCUUUUCCCCUGUUUUCUUUCGGCGUUCUUCGCAGGUACACUGCCUGAUUUUCCUGCCCGAUUUUUGUCUCUCUUUUUCCCUUCGUGUCACCGUUGUCCAUUUCUGGACCUGCGCUGUUGUGCUAUCAUACUGUGUUUCUAUCCAGUGUUUUCCUAUAUGUUGUCUCUACCUCUUUUCUACCAUAGAUUUAUUUAGACACCGCACACGCGCUUGCACACACCUGCCCCGCUUAUAUCAGAUACCUUCUUCUUCUUCUUCUUCUUCACAUAUACCAAAAGUUUCCUACUCUCUACAACCCGUUGUUUUGUCCUAU